AUGUAUCCUUGUGGACUCAAUGAUUGCUUGCAACACGUUGGAAACGUUUCACAUUCCUGUGUUCGAUCCAGGAACAAUGUGUUUAAUCUUUUUAAUCGUCAUCAACGCCGUAAACGGAGCCAUGGACGGCGAAGUAACUCCAGACGCAACUCGCAAAUCACAUUGGACCAACUUGGCAAUCUGUACAACGGAGGUCAGAGUCAUGGUGACCUACAUCGUCUUAGAACUACUCUUCAUAGCGCCUGGUUACCAAAUUUACAUAAACUAUUUGAUGAAUGUGAACGGCUAAUAGUCGCCAAAUAG